AUGUUUGCACAUCCCAUUUCCAACCCCCAAAAACCCACCACCCUGAAACAACUCUCACCUCCUCCAAUGGAUCCGCCACCCCUCCCACCCCUUCCCACCACCGCCCUCGCUUCCACCACUCCCGCUACUGCGGCCGCCACCGCCGUUCCACCCGCCUCCUCUAUGCAGCUUAACUACCCUGACUCCGUUGAGUCCUCACCGCGCUCCCGCAUAGCCGAUACAUUUGAUGAACCUCUGCCGCCUGUACCCGGUGCCAAGCUCCGCCUUAUGUGUAGCUACGGCGGCCACAUCAUGCCCCGGCCGCACGAUAAGGUGCUCUGUUAUGUUGGCGGCGAGACACGCCUUGUGGUGGUGGACCGACACUCUUCGCUCUCGGUACUCUGCGCACGCCUUUCGAGGACCCUCCUCAACAGCCGCGCCUUCACGUUGAAGUACCAGCUUCCAAACGAGGACCUUGACUCUCUUGUAACCGUCACCACAGAUGAGGACCUUGAAAACAUGAUUGAAGAAUACGACCGCAUUUCGGCGAGCUCGGCUUCUUCUGGACCGUCUCCUCGAAUCCGGUUGUUCCUCUUUGUUAACAAGCCGGAAACGGCGGCGUCCAUGGGGGCACUUUUAGCCGAUGCCAAAUCGGAGACAUGGUUCGUCGAUGCGCUUAAUGGGUCGAUGUUGCUUCCUCGUGGGAUGUCUGAUUCUGCUGCUAUGGAUUGCUUGCUGCAUCUGGAUAGUGAUGUGGAGGCGCAAGGAGAUGGCGGAGCAGAUGGGGAGAACAAGCAGGCGAAGAACGAUGCCGCGGCUGUCCACGAUGUGCAGCAUUCCAUGCCCGACUCGCCUAUGUUGGAGAACACUUCAUCUUUCGGCUCCUCUUCUUCGACGCCGUCAAUGGCGAACUUGCCGCCGAUUCGGGUCCGGGUUGAAGAAGGCGGGUCGGCUAAAAUACAGGACCAUAGGGUUGGGAACGAGGAGCAGUUUGCGCAGAUUAGUUUCCCCACCAAUAUGCAUAAGCCAGGGGAUGGGUUUGGGGCUCCAGCUGCUCUGCCUCCGCAUCCUGCAGUGGUCGCUGCAAACGUAACGGUGGCACCAGUUGCCACGAUUAAUCCUGCGGGUGGGUCUAGUGAGAGCCUGAAUCGGAUGUUGUCUGAUGACGAGAGGUCGGAUCAUGGGGUGCCCACCGGAUUCCGCAAACCUCCAUUGCCAUUGCAGCCAGUACAACAAAAGGCCGGUGGAGCUUACAAUUUGCCUUCCCCUGACUCAGUUGCAAGUGAUGCUUCUGCAAUUUCCUUCUCGAAGCCCAUGUACCAUCAAGAGCAAGUUCAUGUUGUUUCCAGUUCCAACAACAAUGUAGAUGCUUCGAUUCCAAACUCACAAGUCCAAAUUCAACAAGUCCAGGAUUCAGGAUAUGCAUUCCCUCCACAUCCAGAUCAUCAGCAGCAGCAACAACAGCAGUCUCAGCAGCAAUUUGUGCACACAAGCAUGCAUUACAUCCCCCAUCCUGCUCCGGUGCCAAUGCCAUCUUACUAUCCGGUCUAUGCUCCACCAUCCCAGCAGCAGCAUCCUCACCCAGUUGACCAACAGUACCCUCUAUAUGUCUUGCCUGUUGCUGCACAGCCACAGCCGUACAUGAAUAUGCAAUCUAACAUACAUGAUGCUAGCAUUGUGGCCUCAAGCCAGCCUCUGACAACUCCAAAUCCUUUGAUGGUUAAUUCCUCUUCAACUCACAAAGAUGCCAUCCCUCCCAUUUACCCCACAAAAGCUGCUCCUGCUACUACUGCUAAAACUGAGAUGGCUGCACCUGUAUACAGAGCAGCUGUGACAUCAACACCAAUGGUUCAAGUUCCCUCUAAUCAGUUUCAGCAACAAUAUAUGGGUUUCCCUCAACUGCAUCAUCCAUCUCAGUCAAUUGCAAUUGCUCCUGCUACUACAGCUAACUAUGGAUACGAGUAUGCAAAUCCUACGCAUGAUCAGAUGUAUUACACACAGCAUCAGGCUACUCCACUGCCUCCACAAUACCAAACUAUGACUCAAGCAGUAGCUGCAGCGGCAUUGGUUGAUGCUUCACAGCAGAUACCUGCAGACAAUACCAAGCCACAGUAAACUAGACAGAAAGCAACAAUUUUGAUGGAGUAAACAUGAAGGUUGUGCCUUGAUUGUCUCUUUCAAUAAUUGUUACAUUUGUAAUAGAGUUUACAUUGCUGCACUAAUCCUUACAGGCUGGAUCUGGUCUUUUGAUUCUUUCUUUCAAGUUCUUGUGUUUUUCAUUGGAAAUAAAGAAAUGGUGGUCUAUAUU